AUGGGUCAAGGGUUCGGGGCAGGGGCGGGUCUAGGGGUCGGGGCCAGGGAGGGUCGGGGCAGGUCAAGAGGUCGGGGCCAGGGAGGGUCGGGGCAGGUCAAGGGGUCGGGGCCAGGGCGGGUCAAGGAGUCGGGGCCAGGGCGGGUCAAGCGGUCGGGGCCAGGGCAGGUCAAGGGGCCGGGGCGGGCCGGGGCCAGUGCGGGUCAAGUAGUCGUGGCCGGGGCGGGUCAUGGGGUUGGGUCAAGGGGGCGGGUCAAGGGGGCGGCUAAAGAUGCUCCCCGUCUCCUCUCUGCUAGCUGUUCAGAACAUCCUGUGUGGUUAAACUUAUCCUGUAAACCCUCAUGUUGUUUUUCUCAUUUCCAGGAGCCCAUCAAGUCCCGGGCCCCACAGCUCCACCUGGAGUACAGGUUCUAUAAACAGCUGGGGAGUUCAGAGGGCGUCCCCCAAGUAUUCUACUUCGGGCCCUGUGGGAAGUAUAAUGCCAUGGUUCUGGAGCUGCUGGGACCCAGUCUGGAAGACCUGUUUGAUUUGUGUGACAGAACCUUCUCCCUCAAGACCGUCCUCAUGAUCGCCAUUCAGCUGAUCACGCGGAUGGAGUUCGUCCACACCAGGAGUCUGAUCUACCGGGACGUGAAGCCAGAGAACUUCCUGGUUGGCCGGCCCGGCAGCAAGCGGCAGCACACCAUCCACAUCAUCGACUUCGGCCUGGCCAAAGAGUACAUCGACCCUGAGACCAAGAAACACAUCCCUUACAGGGAGCACAAGAGCCUGACGGGCACUGCACGUUACAUGAGCGUCAAUACUCACCUGGGCAAAGGUAAACAGCCUGACAGGCACCACACCCUACAUGAGCGUCAAUACUCACCUGACGGGCACCACACCCUACAUGAGCAUCAAUACUCACCUGGGCAGAGCAUCAAUACUCACCUGACGGGCACCACACCCUACAUGAGCAUCAAUACUCACCUGGGCAGAGCAUCAAUACUCACCUGA